AUGCCUCUCGAUACAUCGACUACGUACCCUCUCACCAAGCUACGGCUGGACGGCCGCCGCUGGAACGAACUACGUCUGCUACAAGCGCAGAUCUCGACGAACCCUGCCAGCUCCGGGUCAUCUUACCUGGCGAUGGGCAACACGGCUAUUAUGUGUUCGGUUCAUGGACCAGCCGAGGGACGUCGUGGCGAUGCCACUGGGGGUGCUGCAGGGUCUUCGGGUGCAGUGGUAGAGGUUGAUGUCAACGUUGCCGGUUUCGCAGGGGUUGAUCGAAAGAGAAGAGCAGGUGGAAGCGACAAACAAUCAUCCCGAAUUGCAACGACACUUCGAUCCACCUUUCAAUCGCACCUUCACACAUACCUGUACCCACACAGCACGAUCAGCAUCCACGUUUCCGUUCUGUCCGCGGACGGAUCUCUCCUGGCGGCCGCUAUCAAUGCAUGCACCCUGGCCUUAGUGGACGCAGGGAUCCCGAUGCCGGGUCUACUCUGUGGCUGCACGGCAGGCAUGAGUGGGAGUGCAUCGACGCCGCGAGAUCCUCGCAAUGACUUCCUGGAUCCGCUUCUGGAUUUGUCCCUGCCUGAGGAACAGGAGCUGCCGUUCCUUACGGUGGGAACCACGACGUCGGUGCCGGUGGGGGAGAAUGCCAUGGAGGACGAGGAGGAGAUGAAGGUUACAAUGUUGAACAUGGACUCAAAAGUGCAUUGCACGUACAUCGAGACGAUGCUGGCCGUGGGAAUCGACGGGUGCAAGCAAAUCCGGGAGAUCCUGGAGGGGGUGAUCAAAGGAUCGAACCGAUUAUAG